ACAGGCAUUUUUUUUCUGAUAGAAGUGGGAUCAAGACACAGAGAAGUUAUAUGAAGGGACAAUAAAGCCUGCAAAUGUUGUUUUUUUCUAGACAAAAUAUAUUGUCAUACUGUUGUUACAUAAAGUACAGUUGUUAAUUGCAUAUUGGAAAAAUACCGUGAGAUGCAGUAGUUGCAAAAAUGAGGCUUUUUUUCACACUGUAUAUUUUCAUGACAUUAAGAAAUUACUCCUCAUAUUUUUAAUCAUUUUUUAUUAGUAUUGAAUAAAUGAAUGAGGCGUAUGUUAUUUUCCUGACAAAGAGAGGCUCAGGCCUACAUAUAUAAAAAUAAAACAAAGCUCAUAUGAAACAAGUGAUGUUAUAUCUUUCUUAUUAGAUUUCAGCAACAUAAGGCCGUGUUUUCUUUUCCAUAAGACUCUUACCAAUUCCUGAUUUUCUGAACUUUUGUCUUCCUCCUGGAAUCCUACCUUUCUGACACCUUCUUUUACCAUUACAAUAGACUUGUACAUUGUGAUUAAGCAGUAUCCAUGGAAGUCUGAACUCCAGAGUUUUUUCCUAAUUUUGGUUUUCUCUAACUCUGUAUAUAUAACUAUUAAUGUAGCUGAACACCGAUGAUUCUUUUCUUUGCCUAGUACAGAAGUCACACCUAGCUGAAAGCAUCCACACGGCCAGUAGAUGCAAAAGGUAUUUAAUUAGUGAUGUAAGUUCACCUCACUAUUUACUCCUUUAGUGAUUUUAUCUAGACUACGUGUGUGUUGCUUAUCUGUUUGAAAUCAGUAUAAUAAUUUGAAGCAGAAUUCUCCUUACUAAGAGAAAAUUUGGUCUGGAUGAACAGAAGUAAGUACUAAGUUUUGUUUAUUAUCUAUCAUCUUCAAAACUUCCAGUACAGCUUCUGCUUUAUCAUCGGUAAAUCUUUUAUCAUGUGAUGGCAGGACUGAAGUUCUGUUUCAUCACAUGCUAAAGGUCACACAAUUCUACAUCUUUUUGUCCAAGUUCCAUCAGUACUGCAAAAUUAGGUCUAUGUAUUAUAUACUACUCAAAUUUUGCUUUUGUGACUUAAUCUAUCAGCAAUGAUGAAAUCAUCCCCUAACUUCCUCUUUGUAAAGUUGAAGUUUCUUGGUAAAAACUGAAAAUUACACAUUAGUCACUCACAUCCUAAAAGUCCCCUACCAUUUUUAGCCAGAGCAUCAAUUAUAUUUGUUAAAAUCCAUAUCUAUUUUUUUCCUUUUCUUCUUGUCGUGUAAAAACAGCACGUAUAAUUUGUUCCUAUUCACAUUUACAUUUAUUUUUGAAGUAUUUUAGAUUGUACCCAACAGAUUGAAGAGCCUAGAGUUUUACCAUCAGAGAUGUCCCUGUGCCAUUAUUUUUAGUUUCCCUCAUCUUUUGUGUUUUGCAACUUCUCUCUUGUUUCACUGAUGAAAAUAUUAAAUAGACCCAUAAAUAUUUAGCAUGAAUGAAAGCCUAUUGGUUCACCCAUGUAUUGCAUAUAAUGUUGAUUUUGUGUCAUUCUAGCUCUUUCAUUGGAAUGUCAAUGGGUAUCUGAUCGUGUAAGAUUUCCAGUAGGUACUACGUAGAUAGUCUACGUAGGUACUACAGAAUUAACAAAAAAAAAAUGUGGUAUCUCUAAAGUGACAUCAGAACAGUUUUUCAAAGAGUAUUUUCUGCCAGCUCAUUUUAUUGGCAGCUGCUAUUGCAAAAAUAGAGGCACUUGGUUAGGCCAAAAUCUGGGAAAUGUUCUGACUCACACAGCGCAGGCAGGGACUGCAGGGCUGCACAGCCUGCCCCACUGCCUGGCAUUUGGCAAUUCCGGUUCUUCUCCCUUUCAUUCCUUUCUGUAAUUGAGUCCUGAACCUGCCUUUCCCAUAAUUUUGCCCAUGCCUGCUGUCAGCCUGACGAGCCUGUAAUUAAGUAGGUCAUCCUAUUUACCCUUCAAAGAUUGUUACAGUAUUAACUUUCUUCUAUUUCUCUGAAAUUUCCUUAGCAUUUCAGAAAUUGUUAGGAAUCAGUUUCAAUAAUUAACAAUGGUGCCUAACUCUACUUUCAUUCAUUUUUCUAAAAACUCUUUGACCUGCAAUUUUAAAAAUAAAUGUUUAAUAUAAUUUGCUGAUCUUUACUGUCCUUUUAUAUUAUUGAUUUAAAGGAAAGUAUUUCAAUGUUAUAUAAUAUGAAAGCACAGCUUAUGUUUACUAAAUAUACAAUAGAAAUAUUGAUUGAACAAUUCUGCUUUUCUGUAUACUUUUAGGCAAUUCUAUUUUUUUACAUCUAGUGCUAACACACACUAAUAGUGUUUGCAAUGUCAUUGUCUCUAAGUUAACAUUCUUACUUUCAGUGGGAUAUAUACUUUUGUCAUUUUGUCCAGGUUCUUAUAUUUAAGUUAUAUAUACAUAUAUCUCUUUAGCUAUAUACUAAAUUUUGUCAGCUUCUGUUUUUCUCUCCAGUUUUUUUUCAUGGUUUAAUGUGCUACUUUCUCUUCUUUUAGACAGUAAGAAGGUGUUGGGGAAGCAGCUAGUGCACAGUGGUAUUGCUGAGACUGGUUGCCAUAAAACCAUUACAUGGGAAUUUCAAAGGGGAAAUCUCUUACUCCAAGGAUGUUAUCCUGCAGGUACACUGAGGCUGGCUGGGAUGGAGUUAAUGUCCUUCAUAGCAGCCUUUUUAGGGAUAUGGCUAAGGCAGUGCUGAUAACACACUACUGUUUUGGCUGCAGCUGAGCAGCGCUCUCUGCCCCAUUCCCACCCCAGCAAGCAGGCUGAGUAGGUAAGGAGCUGGGAGGGGAUGCAGCCAGGACAGCUGACCCAGACAGACCAAAGGGAUGUCCCAUACCUUCUAACGUCACGCUCAGCAAUAAAGCCUGGGGUGGGAGGGCAGGGGCUGGCUUCUGAUCUGGCCGUUGCUCAGAGGCUGCCUGGACAUCAGGCUGUCGGUGGGACUUGGGACGUGGCAAAGAGUAGCUCCGAAGUAUCUGAGGAUGGACAAAGAUUUCCGCUACUACUUCCAGCACCCGUGGUCUCGCUUAGUUGUGGCUUACCUCGUGAUCUUCUUCAACUUCUUGAUAUUUGCCGAGGACCCGGUGUCUCACAGUCAGACAGAAGCCAAUGUGAUUGUUGUUGGGAACUGCUUCUCCUUCGUAACCAACAAGUACCCCGACAGCGGCGGCUGGAGAUGCCUCAAGGUGCUGCUGUGGCUGCUGGCCAUUCUCACAGGGCUGAUCGCUGGGAAAUUCCUCUUCCACCAGCGCCUCUUUGGUCAGUUGCUCCGUCUGAAAAUGUUUCGAGAGGACCACGGGUCUUGGAUGACAAUGUUCUUCAGUACCAUCCUCUUCCUCUUCAUUUUCUCUCACAUUUAUAAUCUAUUCCUCAUUAUGGCAGGGAAUAUGAGUGCAUACAUUAUAACAGACUUCAUGGGCAUCAGGAAUGAAAAUUUUAUGAAGGUAGCUGCAGUUGGGACUUGGAUGGGAGAUUUUGUCACAGCAUGGAUGGUCACUGACAUGAUGCUUCAGGACAAACCCUACCCAGACUGGGGAAAGUCUGCCAGAGCUUUCUGGAAGAAAGGGAAUGUUAGGAUCAUUUUAUUCUGGACUGUCCUAUUUACCCUGACCUCUGUAGUUGUGCUUGUCAUCACUACUGACUGGAUCAGCUGGGACAAGUUGAAUCGUGGAUUUCUGCCAAGUGAUGAGGUCUCAAGAGCAUUCUUGGCUUCUUUCAUCUUGGUGUUUGACCUUCUUAUUGUCAUGCAGGACUGGGAGUUCCCACAUUUUAUGGGUGAUGUUGAAGUGAAUCUUCCAGGCUUGCCAUCUGCACACAUGCAGUUCAAAGUACCUUAUUUCCAAAAGAUCUUAAAAGAGGAGUAUCACAUUCAUAUAACAGGGCGUAAUACCUCUGAAUCAUCAUUUAUCCAGUUGCCUCACCUGUGUGCAUUUGGACACUAUGGCAAAUGGUUUAACUACGGGAUUAUCUUUCUUGUUUUAAUCUUGGAUCUGAAUAUGUGGAAGAAUCAAAUAUUUUACAAACCUCACGAAUAUGGUCAAUAUAUCGGUCCUGGACAGAAGAUCUACACCGUGAAGGACUCAGAAAGCUUGAAAGAUCUUAACAGAACUAAGUUAUCUUGGGAAUGGAGAUCCAAUAACACUAACCCUUUGACCAACCGGACCUAUGCCGAAGGAGACAUGUUCUUGCACAGCAGAUACAUAGGCUCUAGCCUUGAUGUCAAAUGCCUGGCUUUUAUUCCAAGUUUGCUGGCUUUUGCUUUGUUUGGUUUCUUCAUCUGGUUCUUUGGGCGAUUUCAAAAAACUGACCAAGGCAUGGAGAAUUUAGACAAAUCAUACACAAGAAUGAAACGAAAGUCUCCGUCAGAUAUGGGAAUGACACGAGAAAAUACACAGGUGUUAGUAGAAGAACCAUUAAGUUUUCAAGAACCACAUCUUGUAUCCAUUAAAUCAGACUUAAGUGAAAUUGUUUUUAAUUCUUCUCUCCUAACUUCUGAAAACUUGAACGCACAAUUGAGCGAACAAGAUAGCCCCUUACAACCAGUACCAGAGUCUGCUGUCCCUAAGAGUAAUCCUACAACAUAGAGUCAAAUACCCAGGAAAAUCAGUUUAAAUAAGCAGUCACUAUAAGAGUUCAGUUUUACCUUUUGUAAGUUAAGAUUUACAUAGUGUUUAGAAUAAGAAACUCAAUCUAUACCAAAAGGUGCUCAGCAUGCUUUUUCUAGGAUUUUUUUUUUAUUUGUAUUAGAGUACGUGCCUAUUGUAUAUCUAACAUUCCUUUAUAGAUUGCUUCCCAAAAUUGCACAAGCUAUUUAUUAAUACAUUACCUUAACUGUACAAUAGUGUAUUAGAUGAUUACUUGCAGGUAUAAAAUUCUACCAUGGUGGUGCCUUGGGACAUUAAACUGUUUUUUAACUCAA